AUGACAACGUUUCGAACCAUUCAUCAAAUUGCAAAAUUAGUUCGAAAAUUGGAAAUUGACGAGGAAGAAAGGAUAUUUUAUAGCCACCUUAGCCUCCAUUGCAUAAGGCUCCAAGAAUGCAUAACUUGCGCGUCUCAAACUUCAUCCCGAGUGGACAAAAACUUGAUCAGUAUCGCUCUGUGUCAGCUCAGUUCAUUGAUCUCCGCGACGGGCUCUCAGGAAGCGUCAUCUAAUACAACGAUAGUUCGGCUGAACGUGUUCAAUGCUCAAUGGAAUAAAACGCGGGAACAAGACUAUAACGAGAAGAUCGACUUCAUCAGAAGAUGGCUGAAACUUGGUUUAACCAAGGAGCAUCUUAAUUGCAUCAACAACGUUUUGGAAGAGUGCGCAGACAAGUUGGAAAAACAGCAGCCGGACAGGAUUUUGGUAAAAUCUGACGUUGAAAUCGCCAGAGACCAUAAUGGGCCAUCUUAUGGUGUUUGGAAAACAGCCCAGGCACUCUUUGACGCGUUGCUGCAAUGCGAAAGAUGUUCUUGCUCAGAACAACAUGAAUUCAAAGCCAAAUUGGAACUGGGAACCUAUCGGAAAGCCAUUGAAUCCGUACAAGAGAUGAAGGUCCCUAGACAUGUUCGGCGACGAGUUCUUCAUAAGGAUAGUAGUGCGACUGGUGCACUCGACUUCGGCAUGUUUCUUUCUACGGAGCGCGAUUGGCAUGAAAUUCGAGUCCAGACUGCCAAGGAGAGAGUUGUCGAGUUCGCUGUAGAUGGCCAAGUGGCACCUUCUUACGAUACAACAAGACGGGUGAAGAAGCUCUGCAAGUCAAUCAACAGCACAAGAUUAAAGCCAUGGCAUCGCUUCGUGCUUAAACUUACAAGCGGCCAACUUUAUCAUGAGGGAAUGGAAGGAAGCAACUUUUGUAUUGACCAAGCUACUGAACCAAUUUCCUUACUAAGAUGUUUUGAAGAGAGACACGAUGUCUUUACCGAGAAGACCAAGCGCCUUCUUUCUCUCAUUAUCGGCUAUGCUGUGCUUCACUUGAGUGGUACCUCUUGGCUUCGGUCUACCUGGGGCUCCCGAGAUAUUAAAUUCUUUCAGACAACAUCCCAAAAGACUCCCUUACGACCAUUCAUACAAGUUCAUUUAACCAAAGCUAAUGAAACUCCCGACGUUGAAAUCGAUAAUGAGCCUGAUGAUGACGCUGGAUUCGAGGACUUCAAUUCAGGACACCGCUGUACAGCGCUUAUUGCUUUGGCAGUAGUAUUGAUAGAGAUAUAUUUUGCGAAGUCUUUCCAUAAGCUAGCGCAGAUGAAGGGAAUUCCACUUGAGAGCCUUGACAACAAUAUCACGCUCAUUGACGUUGAUCAAGUUUUUGGUUCAAAUGAAACCGAGAUGGAAGGAUGGCGAUCUGAGAUCCCUGAAGACUCUUAUUUGCUCACUGCAAUAGACAACUGCUUGAACCCAGAACUUUGGGAGGACGAUGAAGGCAACGCCUUUGACAACCCAAUGCUCAAGUCUCGAAUUUACGAUGAUAUUGUUCGGCCCCUGGAGCUACAUCUAACAACCGGCUUCAGUAAAAUACAUAUAGAUGACGUUGACAACUACGCAAGGGGACUCGAUUUUGGUGGAUGGGGCCAGCCAAUAGCGGAUCAUAACCUACAUGGCAUCACGGCUGCUUCACCUAUCACAGCUUCCUUGACUACAACAUCACUCCCACCUGUAUACACUCCAUCGCCCGCGCUUACACUGAAUGCUUCAAACCAAGUCGAUGCUCGAUUUAUCAUGCCUGAUCUUCAGAGACUUGAACCAAAUUCCAAUGCAAACGCUUUGCUUUCGCUUUCCUAUCUUACAACUAGUCUGGAUUCAAUCUCGCGACCUGAAGCAAGUAUUUACAAAAAUCACCACUUUUUUGACGAUGAGACAGGCGAUGAGGAGAAAUCGAUUAGGAAAAAUAGGGAUUAUCUGAGUUGGAGAUCCGAGUAUUUGAAAGUCUACGACAAAUUCAUCACGGCGUAUCUUACGAGCCAGCCUCUAAAGCCUGUGAAAAUUGCAAUUUUAGAUACAGGCAUUGAGCGCGGGCAUGAUGCCUUUGAAGCUCGCGAAGAAGCUAUCAAAGCGAGACUGAACUAUUACAACGAAUCUCAAAGAAGCAUACCGGAUCUAAAUGGGCACGGCACUUUCACUGCCAGCUUGAUACUUGAUUAUGCCCCUGAUGCAGAGCUCUACAUUAUCAAAAUUGCUGAAAAAAAUGCCAGGCCUAAUGCUGAAACUGUGGCCAAGGCUAUCGAUCACGCGGUCGACAAAUGGGGUGUAGAUAUUAUUUCGAUGUCUUUCGGGUGGCCUUCAUCUGACUUUGAUGGCUACGGCUUCCUCGAAAGCGCUAUCCAUAGGGCUUAUGGCAAGAAAGUCCUCCUUUUCGCUGCCGCCUCAAAUAGCGGCGGUCGACUUGGUCGCGCAUAUCCCGCAAGCAGUUCUCAGGUCAUAUGUGUUCACUCAACUGAUGUUUUAGGAAAUGCUUCUGCCUUUAGUCCAACUGCUCAACUUUAUACUUUGAACCUUGCAACUAUUGGAGAGUCGAUAGAAUCAGCAUGGCCAACCUUCCUUUGUAGUGAUAAGUCAACUCCACCGAAUUACGUCAAGUCUCGCUCGGGGACAUCUUACGCAACGCCUAUUAUGGCAGGGAUUGCAGCAUUCCUGUUACAGUAUGCAAGAAUACAUUUGCCGACAGAAGAGGCGCUGAAAUUCAAGAACAAGGAGAAUAUGGAGGCAUUGCUCAAAAGAUGCGCCGAGAGAGGGCCUAAUUACGCUAUGAGGGAUGGGUAUUUUUAUGUCGAGCUAAGUUUGAAUCGGCACAACUUAUUCGGCGGGAGAUUGGAAGAUAUCAGCUACGAGAUAUCGAAAACAUUACAAAAGUAA